GAAAAAUGUAUGCAAUGUUCGUAUCGAAUAUACACCGUUUCCACACAUAUACACAUGGAUAUGCAUGUAUGACAGUAGCUAAUUGUCAUGUGGCACGCUGUUGGUGUGGCUAUCGCGCGCUCACAUUGCCCAUUUAGUUAUACUGAAAUUUAUCCGGAAUCAACAACGUGCAUUCUUUCAAAGAAAAAGGAACAAAAAAAAACACCGUUUCUCCCAUAAAAUAAUUUAUAUUCUAUUCUUCGUUGUCCGUCGUCGUCGUCUUUUUUCAUGUUUUGAUUUAUUAAAUUCGAUCUUAAAACUAAUAUAAACGCUAGCGGUUUUUUUUCCUCCAAAUAAACUCAUAGAUAACGAUGCAUCGCGCCCAUACAGCUUAUUCGGUGUGUUUAUCACCAGCCAGACAACCAAAACUAUCGCAAUGGCUGGCCCAAAAGACGUCAGACAAGACCAAGUUCAUGAAGGACUUCUUUGCCGUAUCAUCGGUAAGAAGUUAUUCAGUAGCCGCUGACAAGCCAUCGUUAGAUGGCAACAGCUCCAGCUACGUAGAAGAAAUGUACAACUCAUGGUUACGAGAUCCAGCUUCAGUGCAUACGUCAUGGGAUGCAUAUUUCCGAAGCAAUACUUACUGUGCACCACCAUCGCUAGCACCCGUACAAAGGAAUCAGAUGCCAUUAUCACAAUUCGCACCAUUCAUUGGUGGCGGUGCAUUGGCCGGUGCUGAACCCGACGAAAAAAUCAUUGACGAUCAUUUAGCUGUGCAAGCAAUCAUUAGAAGCUAUCAGUCACGUGGUCAUUUGGUUGCUGACGUGGAUCCGUUAGGCAUUACAACCAGUGCUCCCAAAGAAAUCGGCGGCACUAAGAGACGAGCCAAUGAAAAUGUUACACGAAAAUAUUUUAAUUUUGACGAGAAAGAUAUGGAUCGUGUAUUCAAACUGCCAAGUACAACCUUCAUUGGAGGACAAGACAAAGCAUUGCCACUACGUGAAAUUUUGGAUCGUUUGGAAAAAGUGUAUUGUAAUAAAAUAGGUGUUGAGUUUAUGUUUAUCAAUUCGUUGGAACAAUGUAACUGGAUCCGUAAGAAAUUCGAAACACCUGGCGUACUGAACUAUACGCCAGAGGAGAAGCGUUUGAUAUUGGCCCGUUUGACACGUGCCACCGGUUUUGAAGCAUUUUUGGCCAAGAAAUUCCAGUCGGAGAAGCGUUUCGGUCUUGAGGGUGGUGAAAUGAUGAUUCCAGCCAUGAAGCAAAUCAUUGAUGUGUCCACCAAGCUUGGUGUUGAAUCGGUUAUCAUGGGAAUGCCACAUCGUGGUCGUUUGAACACUUUGGCAAAUGUGUGCCGUAAGCCAUUGCACCACAUUUUCACGCAAUUCGCUGGUUUGGAAGCGGCCGAUGACGGUUCCGGUGAUGUUAAAUAUCACUUGGGAACAUAUAUCGAACGUUUGAAUCGUGUCACAAACAAAAAUGUCCGCUUGGCCAUUGUUGCAAAUCCAUCACAUUUGGAAGCCUGUGAUCCAGUUGUACAGGGUAAAACUCGUGCCGAGCAAUUCUAUCGUGGUGAUGGUGAAGGCAAACGUGUUAUGUCAAUGUUGAUCCACGGAGAUGCUGCUUUCUGCGGCCAAGGUGUUGUCUUCGAAACGAUGCACUUGUCCGAAUUGCCCGACUACACCACACACGGAACCAUUCAUUUGGUUGUCAACAAUCAAAUUGGUUUCACCACUGAUCCACGUUUCUCACGCUCGUCACCAUACUGUACUGAUGUUGCACGUGUUGUUAAUGCACCUAUUUUCCACGUUAAUGCCGACGAUCCCGAAGCCGUUAUUCAUGUGUGCAGCGUGGCUGCCGAAUGGCGCGCCACGUUCCACAAAGAUGUUGUUAUUGAUUUGGUCAGCUAUCGACGCAACGGACACAAUGAAAUCGAUGAGCCAAUGUUCACGCAACCACUUAUGUACCAGAAAAUUCGUCAGCACAAAAAUUGUUUGGAAAUAUACUCAGACAAGUUGAUCAAAGAAGGUAUCGUUACUCCAGAAGAUGUUAAGAGUGUUCGUGAUAAGUACGAAAAGAUCUGCGACGAAGCCCUUGAUUUGUCCAAAAAGGAAACUCAUAUUAAGUUCAAGGAUUGGUUGGAUUCACCAUGGUCUGGUUUCUUCGAAGGAAAAGACCCAUUGAAGGUAGCACCAACUGGUGUGAAAGAGGAGACAUUGGUGCACAUUGGCAACCGAUUCUCGUCACCACCACCAAAUGCAGCCGAAUUCAUCAUUCAUCGUGGUUUGUUGCGUAUUUUGGCCGCUCGUAAGGAAAUGGUUGACCACAAAAUCGUUGACUGGGCAUUGGGUGAAGCGAUGGCCUUCGGUUCCCUACUCAAAGAAGGAAUCCAUGUGCGUUUGUCAGGUCAAGAUGUUGAGCGUGGUACAUUUUCACAUCGUCAUCAUGUGCUUCAUCAUCAAAACGUUGACAAGGCCACUUAUCGACCAUUGUGCCAUUUGUAUCCAGAUCAAGCACCAUACAGUGUGAAUAACAGUUCCUUGUCCGAAUAUGCUGUGCUCGGUUUUGAGCUCGGCUAUUCGAUGACCAAUCCAAAUGCACUUGUCAUCUGGGAGGCUCAAUUCGGUGAUUUCAACAACACGGCACAGUGUAUCAUCGAUCAGUUUGUGUCAAGUGGUCAAGCGAAAUGGGUGCGUCAAUCGGGCUUGGUAAUGCUAUUGCCACACGGUAUGGAAGGUAUGGGCCCCGAGCAUUCAUCGGCUCGAUUGGAACGUUUCUUGCAAAUGAGCUCAGACGAUCCUGACUACUUCCCACCCGAAUCCGACGAAUUCGCCAUUCGUCAAUUGCAUGACAUCAAUUGGAUCAUUGCCAAUUGCUCAACACCGGCCAACUAUUUCCACAUUUUGCGACGACAAAUCGCAUUGCCGUUCCGCAAACCAUUGAUCUUAAUGACACCAAAAUCAUUGUUGCGUCAUCCGGAAGCAAAGAGCGAAUUCAGUAAAAUGAUUGAAGGUACAGAAUUCUUGCGCGUCAUUCCCGAAGAAGGUGUCAGCUCAGAAGCUCCCGGCAAAGUCAAAAAAUUGAUCUUCUGCUCCGGUCGUGUCUACUACGAUUUAACCAAAGCACGUAAGGAUCGUGGCCUUGACUCAGAUGUUGCUAUCGCCAGAAUCGAACAGAUUUCACCGUUCCCAUACGAUUUGGUCAAGGAAGAGUGUGCCAAAUAUCCAAAUGCCGAGGUUGUAUGGGCUCAAGAAGAGCACAAAAAUCAAGGUGCCUGGAAUUAUAUUUCACCAAGAUUCCUCACCGCCUUGAAUCAUACUCGUGAUAUUAAUUACGUUGGUCGAUCAACGGCUGCAUCAACUGCGACCGGUUCAAAGGCUCAACACAACAAGGAAUUGGCCGGAUUAUUGGACGCCGCUUACACCCUCUAAAUCUAAAAUCGCAAGUGAUUUGGGCUAAGAAAUACAACAACAAAAACAAAUGAAAAACAAACAGAAAUCAGGAAAUCUUUAACUUAUAGACCGAAGCUAUUUAGACGAAUGAGAAUAAAACAAAUUGCACGCGCUCUCACAAAAUGAAAUCAAAAGAACAACAAAAGCUAAAAAAAAAACUUAGUAAAAAAAAGGUUGCAACUGUUGCAAAUUAGUAUUGCCAAUUUCGCCUAGUUUUUGAAAUAUUCUUAAUAGAAGAAUUUAUCAUAAAGAAACAAAAGAAAAACCUAACUUAUAUUAUUUCGAUACAAUAUGCAUAAACACACACUCAACAACAAACAAAAUCAUCCUCUUCUCUUUGAAAAAAAAAAGAAAACAAAAUUUGAAUAAGUUAAACAAACAAAAAUAUUUUUCUGCAAACCCGUAGCUUUUUUGCACCAAUUUCUUAUUAGAUAAAUGUGACCUCGUUCGAAAUACACAUACAUUGAAAGAAAGAAACAAAGAAAAAAAAUCGAAAAAAAUGAUUCAAGAAGAAACAAAGAAGAGAGAGCUUAUAACUAAAAUAAAGGAAAAUUGUUGGCAAUUUUUUUUUCUUUAGUAAUAUUCUGUUUAUUUUUUCUUUCUUUUUUAAAUAGUGUUAAAAGGAUCAUUAAAUUAUUGUGUAUAUAAAUAAAUAUAAUAAAUCAAAUUCACUAAUGUUGAA